GUGCCGGCAUCGCCAGUCUCCUCACCAUCCCAAUGUAUCAAAUCAUUGCUUCCCCCCUCUCUUUGUCUUCAAAUUAUUCUCUCUCUCUCUCUCUAAAACUCUCCAUCUCUCUCCUCCAUUAAUUUCCAUUUUGCUCCUCAUUUGUCGCCCUCUUUUCAGCACCUUCUUGCCCUACCUCCAACCUUCCAAUUCCUGCUGGAUUUUCCCCAAACCCAACCCAGAUUCUAGGUUUCUUCUUUCUAUACAUUUUCACACGCAUUUGAGAAUUGUUAGUGGUUGAUAAAGAUAUGAGCUUUCAAGAUCUCGAAGCGGGUCGUUCGUUGAAUUCGAGGCGAGACCUCAUCAAUGGCAAGCAAGAUCCCACGCAAGCUGUUGCUUCCGGGAUUUUUCAGAUCAACACCGCCGUCUCUACGUUUCAGAGGCUUGUCAAUACUCUUGGAACCCCCAAGGACACGCCCGAGCUCCGGGAAAAGCUGCACAAAACAAGGUUACAUAUUGGGCAAUUGGUGAAGGACACAUCUGCUAAACUUAAGCAAGCUAGUGAAACAGAUCAUCGUGUUGAAGUUAGUGCCAACAAGAAGAUUACAGAUGCUAAACUUGCUAAAGACUUCCAAGCAGUUUUGAAAGAGUUCCAGAAGGCUCAGCGUCUUGCAGCUGAAAGGGAGACAGCAUAUACUGCUUUUGUUCCCCAAGCUGUUCUUCCUUCGAGCUACACGGCCAGCGAGCUUGGCGUAACUUCGGAUAAGAGUCCAGAACAACGUGCUCUUCUUGUUGAAUCUAGAAGACAGGAGGUUUUGCUCUUAGACAAUGAAAUUUCCUUUAAUGAGGCUAUCAUUGAAGAAAGAGAUCAGGGAAUACAAGAUAUCCAGCAACAAAUUGGGGAGGUGAAUGAGAUUUUUAAAGACCUUGCUGUGCUGGUCCAUGAACAGGGAACCAUGAUUGAUGAUAUUGGCUCCAACAUUGAUGGUGCUCAUGCCGCAACUGCACAGGGAAAAGCUCAUCUUGCCAAAGCAGCAAAGACCCAAAGAUCAAAUUCAUCUCUGGCCUGCUUGCUUUUGGUGAUAUUUGGCAUUGUGCUUCUGAUCGUGAUCAUAGUACUAGCGGCUUGAUCAGAAAUUUGUCUCAAUUCAAUGAAUACAUUUGAAUAGAGUGAACUCAGAAUCUGCUCUGGAAGAAGAUAAAUGGUAUCUUUUUCGGUUAAUGUUUUUUUCCACAGGCAUGAUUGUUGACUGGAGUGUUGAUCUUUUGAGUCCAAUUUAAUCGCGGCUUUACAGUAUGUUUACCAAUACCGAGUUGUUUUUAUUCAGUGGGUGGGGGUUUGUGUUUUCUUUUGUAAAUUGAUUUGUGGGUUUUGAGGGUGUGGCACAGUUUGUUAUAUCUGUCAAUAAAAUUACGAUUCUUGUGGAGAAUUUCCUCA